AUGCCCUUGGAGGUGACCAGGAUAACCGCAGGGAUGGUGUUAGAGGAGCUUUAUGUCUCAGAUCGAGAGGGAAAUGAUGCAACUGGUGAUGGAACCCAGGAGAAACCUUUCAAAACAGGUCUAAAGGCUUUGAUGACAGUAGGAAAAGAGCCAUUUCCUACCAUUUACGUAGAUUCACAAAAAGAAAAUGAGAGGUGGGAUGUUAUUUCUAAAUCACAGAUGAAAAACAUUACAAAACUGUGGCACAGAGAACAAAUGAAGAGUGAAUCUCGGGAAAAGAAAGAUGCAGAAGACAAUUUGCGAAGAGAAAAAAACCUGGAGGAGGCAAAGAAGAUUAUCAUUAAAAAUGACCCCAGUCUUCCAGAGCCCAAAUCUGUGAAGAUCAACAUGUUAGAAGCUCACAGAGGCCAAAGGGUGAAGGUGUUCGGCUGGGUCCACAGGCUGCGAAGGCAAGGAAAGAAUUUGAUGUUCCUGGUGUUGCGGGAUGGGACUGGCUAUCUCCAGUGUGUUCUGUCGGAUGAGCUGUGUCAGUGUUACAGUGGGAUGGUCCUGUCCACCGAGAGCAGCGUCGCAGUGUAUGGAAUGCUGACUCUCACCCCAAAAGGCAAGCAGGCUCCAGGGGGUCAUGAGCUCAGCUGUGACUUCUGGGAACUCAUUGGAUUGGCCCCUGCUGGAGGAGCCGAUAACCUGAUCAAUGAGGAGUCUGACGUUGAUGUCCAGCUCAACAACAGACACAUGAUGAUCCGAGGAGAAAACAUGUCCAAGAUCCUGAAAGCUCGCUCCCUGAUCACCAGGUGCUUCCGAGAUCACUUCUUUGACAGGGGCUACUGUGAGGUUACCCCUCCAACAUUAGUGCAAACGCAGGUAGAAGGAGGUGCCACGCUCUUCAAGCUGGACUAUUUCGGGGAAGAGGCGUUCCUGACUCAGUCCUCGCAGUUGUACCUGGAGACCUGCCUCCCUGCGCUCGGGGACGUGUUUUGCCUGGCACAGUCGUACAGGGCUGAGCAGUCCCGGACACGAAGGCAUCUGGCAGAGUACACCCAUGUUGAAGCCGAGUGUCCUUUCCUGACCUUUGAGGAGCUCCUGAACCGAUUGGAGGACUUGGUUUGUGACGUGGUGGACAGAGUCUUGAAAUCCCCUGCAGCCAGCAUAGUGUAUGAACUGAAUCCGAACUUCAAGCCCCCCAAGCGGCCUUUUAAACGGAUGAACUAUUCAGAUGCCAUUGUGUGGUUAAAAGAACACGAUAUAAAGAAAGAAGAUGGGACUUUCUAUGAAUUCGGAGACGAUAUCCCCGAAGCUCCUGAGAGACUGAUGACAGACACCAUUAAUGAGCCAAUCUUGCUGUGUCGAUUUCCGGGCGGCUCUAGCGUCGCUUACCCACUUUCCCGAACCAAUGGUGUCCCGACGUUCCUGUGA